UAAACCAGUUCGGAUAUUAUGAAAACCGUCUUUUAAAAUUUAUUUUUGGAAAAAACAAAAUGGCUGUAUUAAGGAAAGGUCACGCUGUCUACUAUCAAAAUGAAAAUGAAGUAAUCGAAAAUGGAGAAGAAAACGAUGAAGAUGAAGAAUAUAAUGAAGUAGCUCUACCAAAUGAUAAUGUUACAAACAAGAAAAAAAAAAAGACUAAAAAGAGAAGAAGAAAACGAGCAAAAGGAGAACAAAGGAGUAAAGAAGUUCAAUAUAAUGAAGUAAUCCGUAAAGAAGAUAAAGUUGAAGUAGAAUAUGUUCAAGAAAAAAUUGACUUUCCAAAGUGGGAUCCUCAAUAUGCAGCCUUUAGUAAAAUAUUUGAAGCUUUCCAGAUUGAAGAAAAGCAAAUAAAAAAAGAGGAAGAAGAAAAAGAAAGCGCAGUUCUUAAAAAAAAAUCUGAAGAUACUGGACGCGAUAUAAAUGAUGAUGAUGAUGACGACGAUGAUGAUGCUGAGAAAGAGAAAGAAGAUGGUGAUAAGCCAAAGUUAUCAAAAAAAAAGCUUCGAAGAGCAAAUAGAAUGGAGAUAGCUGAAUUAAAACAACUUGUUAAUAGACCAGAUGUAGUUGAAAUGCAUGAUGUCAAUUCAAAAGAUCCUAAACUUCUCGUCUAUCUAAAAGCAUACAAAAAUACAGUCCCUGUUCCACGUCAUUGGUGUUUCAAAAGAAAGUAUUUGCAGGGUAAAAGAGGAUUUGUAAAGCCUCCAUUUGAACUGCCAGAUUUUAUCAAACAAACAGGAAUUAUGGAAAUGCGUGCCGCCAUGCAAGAGAAAGAGGACUCUAAAACUUUAAAAACAAAACAAAGAGGAAAGGUUCGACCUAAACUUGGUAAAAUUGAUAUUGAUUAUCAGAAGCUUCAUGAUGCAUUUUUCAAAUAUCAAACUAAACCUAAGAUGACCAUUCAUGGGGAUUUGUAUUACGAGGGUAAGGAAUUUGAAAUAAAACUAAAAGAGAAGAAACCAGGUGAUCUUUCCGAUGAGUUACGUACAGCUCUUGGUAUGCCAGUUGGUCAGGGAAAACAUUUAAUUCCUCCACCAUGGCUAAUUGCUAUGCAACGGUAUGGACCACCACCUUCUUAUCCUAACCUAAAAAUACCUGGUUUAAAUGCUGCUAUUCCUGAUGGUGCUUCGUUUGGAUAUCAUGCUGGUGGAUGGGGAAAACCUCCAGUUGAUGAGAUGGGUAAACCUCUUUAUGGUGAUGUUUUUGGAACGCACAGUGAAGAAAUAUCCGCAAUAGCAGAAAACGAAGUGUUUGAUAAGACACAAUGGGGCGAAUUAGAGUCUGAGUCUGAAUCUGAAGAAGAAUCCGAAGAAGAAGAAGAGGAAGAAGAUCAAACUGGUGUUGUUACUCCAGGCGAUGUAGGACUUGUUACACCAAGCGGAUUGUCGUCAGUGGGCGCAGGUAUGGAAACACCUGAUGCAAUAGAAUUGCGAAAACGUAAAGAAAUAGAAGAUGCUAUGGAAACAGGAGGAGAUACUCCUGCAUUAUAUACUGUUCUUGCAGAAAAGAGAGCGCAAGUAGGAAGUGCUCUCAUGGGUUCAGCUCAUACAUAUGAUUUGGUUACUACUAAAAAAACUGAAGGUGUAGAAAUAACCUUAGAUCCAAGUGAAUUAGAACUUGAACCAGCUGCAAUGGCGGCUAAGUAUGAUGAUUCCAUAAAAGAAAGAGAAGCGCUGCGAGAAGAUUUGAGUGAUAUGGUUGCUGAACAUGCUGCAAAAAAAAAAAGAAAGAAACCUUCUGAUUCCGGCAAGAACGCUAAAAAAUAUAAAGACUUCAAAUUUUAAUCGAGAUAUAUUAGUUUCCAGACUCAUAUUACCGCCAUUAUUUGCAAAAUAUCUUCGUUUGACUGGAGAGAAUGAGGAUAACGAAGUUAUUUAUCGGCUUAUUUCGAAACUGUUUCUCAUAUUUUAUAAGUUCUAGUAUCUUUUUUAGUAUUAAAAGGUUUCAAAGAGCUAGAAUAAACGAACAGUCAGGUCAGGGUUAGAAUAAAUUAUUAAACAACUUCGA